ACUCCCAGUCUUGCGCGGGAGGGCGUGUGUGUGUGUGUGUUUGGUGGGACAUCCUCCUCCUCCUCUGUCUCCUCCCUUCUCUCCCCCCCUCGCAUAAGCCGCUGCCGGUGCUGAAUGAGAGCGGCGGCGGCGGCGGCGGCGGCUGAAGCAGGCGGGUGGGCGAGUUCGCCGGACGGGAGCUCGGAGGCUGGUGGCGCCUCGCCUUCUUUCUCUUCCUCUCCCUCUCCCUCGUCAGCAGAAAUGAUGACUCAGAUGCCUUGAUGACGAAUUGAUUACUGAAUCCACUGCUUCAGAUGUAGGGCAAAAGCCUGAUGGUGUGGGCAGUAUGGACCUAAUGAACGGGCAGCCCAGUAGUGUUAAUAUUGCAGCUACUGCUUCAGAGCAGAGUAGUAGCUCUGAGUCGCUGAGUGACAAAGGUUCUGCUGAAUUGAAGAAAAGUUUUGAUGCAGUAGUAUUUGAUGUUUUAAAGGUUACACCAGAAGAAUAUGCAGGCCAGAUAACACUAAUGGAUAUUCCUGUAUUUAAAGCUAUUCAACCAGAGGAACUGUCAAGCUGUGGUUGGAAUAAAAAGGAGAAAUACAGCUCUGCUCCAAAUGCCGUUGCCUUUACAAGAAGAUUCAACCAUGUAAGCUUUUGGGUCGUUAGAGAGAUUCUUCACGCACAGACAUUAAAAAUAAGAGCUGAGGUUCUGAGCCACUACAUUAAAACUGCUAAAAAACUGUAUGAGCUGAAUAACCUACAUGCCCUUAUGUCUGUGGUAUCUGGACUGCAAAGUGCCCCCAUCUUCAGGUUAACCAAAACAUGGGCGUUACUGAGCCGAAAGGACAAAACUACCUUUGAAAAGCUGGAGUACGUAAUGAGUAAAGAAGACAAUUAUAAACGGCUUAGAGACUAUAUUAGCAGCUUGAAGAUGACUCCUUGUAUUCCAUAUUUAGGUAUUUAUCUCUCAGACUUGACAUAUAUUGACUCAGCAUACCCAUCCACAGGAAGUAUUCUGGAAAAUGAGCAGAGAUCAAACUUAAUGAAUAACAUACUUAGAAUAAUAUCAGACUUACAACAGUCUUGUGAAUAUGAUAUCCCUGUGCUGCCUCAUGUUCAAAAAUACCUGAAUUCUGUUCAGUAUAUAGAAGAGCUUCAAAAGUUUGUGGAAGAUGACAACUAUAAGCUUUCAUUGAAGAUAGAGCCUGGGACCAGUACUCCCCGUUCUGCUGUAUCUCGUGAAGAUUUAGUAGGCCCUGAAGUUGGAGCUUCUCCACAAAGUACACGAAAAAAUGCUGCAGCUGAAGGAGCAUUGCUUCCGCCAACUCCUCCAUCCCCUAGGAAUCUGAUGCCACAUGGGCAUAGAAAAUGUCAUAGUUUAGGUUACAAUUUCAUUCAUAAGAUGAACACAGUAGAGUUCAAAAGUGCUACAUUCCCCAAUGCAGGACCAAGGCAUCUACUAGAUGACAGUGUCAUGGAACCACAUGCCCCAUCUCGGGGCCAGGCAGAGAGCUCCACUCUCUCAAGUGGAAUUUCAAUAGGUAGCAGUGAUGGUUCAGAACUCAGUGAAGAGACUUCAUGGCCAGCAUUUGAAAGGAACAGAUUAUACCAUUCUCUUGGUCCGGUGACAAGAAUGGCACGAAAUGGUCAUCGAGGCCACAUGAAGGGCAGCAGUUCUGCAGAGUCUGAAGACUUAGCUGUUCAUUUGUAUCCUGGAGCUGUAACUAUUCAAGGUGUUCUCAGGAGGAAGACUUUAUUGAAAGAAGGCAAAAAGCCAACAGUAGCAUCUUGGACAAAAUACUGGGCAGCACUAUGUGGAACUCAACUUUUCUACUAUGCAGCAAAGUCUUUGAAGGCAACUGAGCGAAAACAUUUCAAAUCUACACCAGCUAAGAAUGUGUCAGUAGUAGGGUGGAUGGUUAUGAUGGCUGAUGAUCCAGAACAUCCAGAUCUCUUCCUACUUACAGAUUCUGAAAGAGGAAACUCAUAUAAGUUUCAGGCUGGUAAUAGAAUGAAUGCAAUGCUGUGGUUCAAACAUCUGAGCGCUGCCUGCCAGAGUAACAGGCAACAGGUUCCUGCCAACUUGAUGACAUUUGAAUGAGAAACUUCUUUAAAAUGAGAACAAGAUGACUUUUUUUAAAAUGCUGUAAUAGGUUGAGAAGGGAAGUCCUGGAGAGGGCAUGCCAGCUAAACUUCUGUGCCAGAACAAAUCCGGUAAACGGAGUUUCAAAGCUUUGAAGUACUGAACAAACAAAGAAGCAUUAAGAGUUCAAGGGAUGGAGUUGCAGCAUGAACUGUCACAGACUGCGCUGCUGCGGCGGAUUCUCUGAACUGACCUGUGGAUACUACUGCCUUAAAGAAUGAAAGGAAAACCAACACGAAACACCAAAUAGUGUGUGUGAAAUGUCUGGCGGUGCUGUGCUUAGGUUAAAUAGGUUGUAGCUCAUUUGCAUUUGAGUUAGAUUUCUGUUAGUUUUGAAUUAGUUGAGCCCCCUCCCCCUUUUUUUGCCGUUUUUGUUGUGGUCCAAAGGAGUGAAUACCUUACUGUAUAAGGGUUGUGUCGGGCGGGGUAUGCAAGGAUGUAGCUGAACAGUGUACAGACUAUACCAGCAUCCUUCUAGAAGAGUUCUUUUGGGCUCAGUUCAUUGGAAACACAGAUCAACUUGUUUAAGCUUAGUAUUUGAAAAAUGUAAUAUAUGCAAGUUUCUUCUCUUUUCACAAAGCACUGACUGUGCAGAAAUUGGUACUGUGUGUGGGGAUUUUCUUACCUGCAAGUGGCACAACACCAAACUUUUAAACUCUGCAACUUCCUUUGUUAGAGUUGUUAGUUAAAAUCUCCUGUUUGAAAUACUAUGCAGGAUUCUGGAGAUCAGGCUUGGAGAAAUGUCACUGGGUCAGAACUGAGUCUUUCCUCUCCUCGAGAUAUAUUUUCAAACUGUCCAUCCCCAUCAAAAAUGUUGUCUUAUAAAACUGAUCUCCGAUCCCUUUGAAAGCUUGCUGUCUACAAUACAGCCCAUCUUUGUCUCUCUUCUGUACAAUUCUGUAAGCCCUGUGUUAGUAUUCUGCAAUUAUGAGUUUUAUUGACUUAUUCUGCUUCAGACAGAGAAGCCAAAUGUGGGUUGCAUGAGCAUCAGCUAUUUGUUCAGAGCUCUCUUGAGGUUAUCUCCCAAGGUAAUUAAAUAACUUGAGGAGGAAAAAAGCAUUGAUCGGAGGGUGGAUGAAAAUAGGAUGAAUUAAGCUAAUUGAAGCCACUUUAUUGUAAUUUUUGUUACUCCAUCUGGUUUUUUAAAAAAACAUUUUAGACUCAUUUAUGAAAAAAUGUCUUGAGCAGUAAAGAUUGUUUGCACAUGGUACUUAUUUUGAGACACUUUGACCACUUACAUUGUCAGGGUAAAGGUGGCAAUAUUUGUUUUAACUGAAUUAUCCAACAUAAACAAAUUAAAUUUAAAAAGAUUUCGAUCUGGUUAAUUGAAAAAAAUCAUCAUCUACAAGUGGUAAAGAGGUUGUUCAGUAGGAACUAACAUUAUUCACAGUUUAGCAGCAAUUAAAAAUUGUUUCUGAAUAAACUAUGAUCCCAGAAUCCACAUUUUCAACACACGCAUACACACACACACACAACGCAACAGAUUACAAUAGACAUGAGUAGCAGGCAUAAAAUUUGCAGUCAGGUUGUAGUUUGGGAGUUGGGGGGACCUGGAGUAUAUUUCUAAGUGCUGAACUAUUUAAAAUCAGUUACUUUUUUUGAUUCCUAUCAAAUAGUCCCCAUAAUUAAACACAUUGCAUUUGUGUCCUGUUCUGUAUUUGGGGGGGUGGGGGGUUGAACACUCAGUUCUGACCUAGUAAUGGUGCAUUUUUUCAAAGAAUGAUCUGCUUGUUUUGUGUCACUUUUCGUUUAUGCAUUUCUCACAAUAACCCAUGUUGGGUGUUUUGUAGACACAACUCAUAGCCAGCAGUAUUACUGUAUAGAAUUUGCACAACUUCUUGUUUUCCAUUUUUAAAAUAACUGUGUGUUUCUUUUUGGAAGUUUUUUUUUUAAUACACUGUAUAAAUGUCUGUACCUUUUUUAGUAUUGUGGAACGAUAACCCUGUGGAAGUUUUUCUUUAACAAGAGUGAAAAUGGUAGUGAAGGUGUAUUGCAGCUUACCAAACCUUUUCUUAAUGUUUUUGACUGUGGAAACAUGCAACUGGGAUCCACAACUUUACGCGAUUCAAGUUUGCUAAAGACAGAGGGCCAUUUUGUGCUGGAGGUUUUCACACAAGGACUUGUGCAUUUCAAGCUCUUAUGCAUUUGACCUGUCCAGCCUUCAAAUAAUUGCAUCAUUCACAAGUUCAGUUCACUGUUAUUAAAAUCGGUUUUUCUCAAAGGGAGAGAUGGCAUGUUUGUGAAAGCAACACACUGAAGAGAACUUCUCUUUUGAUCUUUAAAGUUUCAAAAGGUGAGGGGAAAGUAUAAAAUUAUAGCAAGCAGUCAAGUUACAUGUGCUGCCAUACUCACCUCUUUUAACUGCUUUCUUCAAAUUUAAGUUUUCAGGUGAGGGCUUUUAGAAACAUGAAACUGCCUAAACUGAUUCAUAAGAAUAGUAGAAUUGUGACAGUUUCAGAGUUUAUGUUAAUUGUCAUACACCCUGCACAUUUUUACUAGUUUUACCUUGAAUUCAUUCAGGUCACAUGAAAACAUUGGGUGCACAAUACUAAAUCACUCCAGUUUUGCUUUGUUUUGUGAGGUUGCUGAUUUGUCAUGAACAUACCUUUAAAAUCUUUAUGUUUAAAUCUACAUUUUCCUGACUUCAGAUAACCUGAGUUAAGAAAAGUACGCUUGGAUAUGAAGAUCUCAUUUUUAUUUCUAUAUUGGUAGAAGGCACUAUUUAAUGUCUACCAUGUGCCACAAUAGGCAUCAAAUGAAAUUUUACAGCUCAGAGAUUUGAAUCCCAUUAGAUUUGUAUAUUUAUUUUCAAAUAGUUGAGUUUGAGGAAAAAAGCCUGCAAUCCAAAAGUCUUAAACCAGCCUGUGACUGAAUAAAGCAUGUUAAUCGCCACAAGUACCUUUCAGAGUCAAGCUAGCUAUGAAGAUUUUAACGCCAUCACUACUUAUUUGACAGUGAUGGAUUGAGUAUAAACUAGCUUCCACUUUUUUGCAAGAUCCUUACACACGUGUUGCUCAGUGUAUAAACUUAGUAUCUCCCCCUGAAGGGACUGUGUUUUAUCGUUUCACUGAAACACAAUCCAGUGACCUUGGUGUCUUUUGUAAAAAAAAAUUCUUAAUUGCUUUUUAUUUAAACAGAUCCUACUUCACAACCUUGGUGAAUUUUUUGCAUAUAAACCUGUGGCAAGUGCUCUGAUUUCUGUGAGCACUUUAAAAUAAAUAUAUGUAAACGGUGUUUGAGCUACAGUGGCUCAGCAUGGGUUUUGAAAAGAAGGCAAGUCAUCCUUUGAAGUUUCCCAGGAGGGAUGUUUAACUCUCAAUGGACAGCAUCUGUCCUGUUAAAAACUGAAAAAAAGAAAGAAAAAACCUCAUUAAAGAAAUCAAAGGACAUUUCUUGGGUAUAGAAUGCCUUCCUGCUGUGCCCAUUUUUUCACCUGAGCUGAUUUUUUAUGAUGCAUAACUUGAAGAGUCAGCUUACCUUUGAUACCCACCUCAGCUUUGGGCUGCUUCAUGAGAAAUCAGUAUGCUGCUUUUUCCAGUUUGAGAUAUGCUAAACUGCAUGCUAACAUUUGAGCUACUGUCCUGCAAUGCUAGUAUCUUCUGCUUUUGAGGGAGGGGGUCUUGCAGUUUAAUAGUAGAAGGCAGGCUGAGAAAAGAAACCCUGGUGUUAACACAGCCAAACGACCUAGGGAAAGUGUUCCAUGUGAUAAAACUCCAGCAGAGAACUGGAUCACACAAAAACUAUUCGAAAAUCUUUGUGGAGGCAAAAUGGUGUUGCUUCAUAUGAGUGAAAUCAAUCCAGGUAUUCUCGUAUGGCACUGCACGUAGUUUCAUCUCCCACCACUCUGCUCCAGUGUGGAGGCUAUGGAGGAAAGGCUUGAGAGAACUUCUCUAAACUGCCCUGUGAAUGAUUUUUUAAUCAUAAAUAUUUUGGAUCCGGCUGCUGGAGGCAUACCACUACCAGGCAUGAAAAGCAACAUGAAAGAAUACCGCAGGGCUAAAUAAAGCUCAUGGUCUACUCACGAGUUUUCAUUCAAGUACAUUCUUACCGCUUUGUGUUCAACCGUAAGCAGCUAGCUUCAAAUUAAUCUCAAUCAUGAAGCGCUCUUUCUUUGGAUCUUCCAGUUGCAUCUUUCUUCUUUUGCCUUUCACUUUUUGUAUUCUCUGUUACUAGUAAUCUCGACCUCCCCUUGUUUCUGCUACCCCAGUUUGGUAUAUUGCCUGCUAUGAAAGUCUGGUGUCACUGCAGCUAGUACUAAACUGAUUACUUUUCCUUAAAAAGUUCAUCUUUCAAAUUUUUGUGAUUUCUUAACUGCUUCCCUUUCCCCAUUAAAAAUGGCUUGUGUCUAAGUUUAAAAACCUGCAAUUAGAACUGGGAGCAAACAGGAGAUGCUCCUUCAAGAGGAAUAGCAUUUCCUGCCCGUCAUUGGAUGAUCGUUACUUCAUUGCUGCAUCUGUAGUGUGUGUGUUUUUGUCAGUGCCUUAACUACCCUUUUAAAGACCAAGGGGGCAGUUUGCCUAACACCACUGCUAUGCAUUUCCCCGCUCUAGUUGGGUUUUUGCAGGAGCCCCAUGCAAGGCCCGAUUUAAUGAAUGGAACUUGUGUAGCCAGCAGAAUUCCUGAACAGUUCAUGCUUCUGUUUUGCUUUAGUAUUUAAUAUUACUCCAGCACUGGGCCCAAUAAACUUUUCUCUCCAUUCGGGCAAGUUUCAUUCCAUUCCACUAAUCACCUCUUAAACAUUACCAUUUAGAGUUGAUUUUGGGACCAUUUCAGACCUUCAUUGGCAGGUUCUGUAUUCUAGUUACUUGGCCUGGCCCACACUGCCAUUGAAUAUGGGAGUUGACUAUUACAAUAAAUGUCUGAAGGGGUGCUUUGAUCAUGUAAAAUAUUGCUAAAAAGAUGAUUGCUGGAUUAUUUUUCUGACUGUUGGUAUUGGUAUCUUAGUUUCUUUAUAGACUAGCAGCAAAGACUCCCCUCCCCACCCCCUCCCCAACCUUCACCACAUAAAUCAACAUACUGGAAACUGGAAUGCCUCUGUCAGUUUAGUAGGCCUAAGAUAAACCAGGUUAUAUCUAAUUUUCUGCAGCUAUUUAGAGAGCAUAUCUUUGAUGUGCCAUUAUUUUGAUUAAUGGUUUUGGUGUUUGGGUUAUCAAAUGGUAUUCAUGAGGAAAUUGGGAGGGGGUGGGGGGUCUGUUGAAAUUAUGUAUACCUAAUGGGAACAAGUCUUUCACAAUUGGUGGUGAAUAUUGAACACCUUCCUCUCUUACCAAGUCUGAAGUUCUUAGAUUUUGAGAGAGCUGCAGUAAAAGCAGAAAAUCUGAAGGCCGUAUCCAUUAGACCAUUUGUUUCUGUUUGUCCACAAGUUAUAGGGAAAGAUGAGCUUCAUAACUGAGUACAUUUUCUAACCUACGCCUGUCACAAAUGAAAUAUUUAGCUGUGGCUUGCAAAAAGUAAAACUCACUUCUGUAAGCACGUGUUGUAGUGCCAUGAUAAGGAGUUUUUCUCAGGGAAGGGUUGCAUACAGAUGAAGCUACAGCCCAUACCAUGAUAGUUCCAGUAUCUGGUUGUCUAGCCAUUGUUUAACAUGCAAGGAGCAAGAAGAUCUAUCUAAUUUUGUUUGUGCAGUGGAAGGCUCCUUGUGGCAGAGAAAUGCACUGUUCAUAGCUUAGAGGAGUGGUAGGAAUACAACCCAGCAGCCAUGUCAGUCAUAUUCAUCCAGGCACAAACUGUCCUUGAUGGGGAAGUCUCUGUUUUAGUGGAUGCUUAACACAAGCCAUUUUUAAUGCUUUUUCUCUCCUGGUGACGUGAAGCACUAUGACCUCUAUGAGUGAUGUGCGGUUUGGCUGUACCAUGUCCUUUUCUUCAGUCUGAUUUUUAAUAUUUUCUCGUGUGUGCAUUUGAACUGUGUGUUUGCAUAAGCUGUUUCAUGAUGGCUUGAAGUAUGGACUUAAGAAUAAAAUUUUCCUACUGAAAUAAAUUACUUCAAAUUUG